CCAAGCUCGAGCUCAAGAUUUCCCCACCGUCGCCCGACUCGUCUUCCUCGUCCUCCAAGCACACACCAGUACACCUCUGCAGUCAAACCAAGCAAGGUCGCCCAGAGGCUAGCACUGUCGUCGCCAAAGCUUCAGGUGCUUGCCCGACUUGGCCUGCCGUCGAGCAGUCUGGUUAUGUAUGUGGCCGCCCGCGGCUUGGUCGACCGACCUCUGCUCGAUGAGUCCUCAUCUGAUUGCUCUCUUGGCCCGCAGCUUGGCAGACAAAGCUGACAGGGCUGCAAACUAGCAGUCAGGCAGUCAAGCUGCUCUGCUGCCGUGGCAUCCACGGCAUGCGGAGGAUUCAGGGGGUUCGGCUCAGGGCACACUGCCAGACUGCCAGAUUGGCCAAAGCCCCAGUGGCCCCCAGCUAGCCCAGCGUGGCACGAAUUGGCAGAAUGGACAUUCACGACAGCAACAAGUCCGGCAGCCAACCAACUGGAGAUCGACAGCCUUGCUACUGCAGAUCUGAAGAUGGGGCGCCACCAAUUUGCAGCCAGACAAGACGUGGCUGGUCAACGGCAAACGCCAAACGGCCGAAGGGCUGCUCAAGACCAGAGAUCUUCAGACCGUUGCCAGCCAUUGAGCCAUUGUGCACUGUUCGCCGUCUCACAGCCAGCCGCUGAUCCAAUGCUGCCAGGCUGGCCGUGACCAGCUCGCUCCUGAAGCUCCCGGAUCUCCUGGGCCAGACACUCGACUGGCAUCUGCACCGCAUUGCAUCUCGGUGAUCGUCCACCGCAUCGACCGUCGGCUAAGCUUAUUUCUCUGAAGUGAGAGGAUCACCCUGCCAAGGUCUGCCAAGGGUUUAGUGGCCCUCUGACCCUGGUUUACCGACAUCACUCUCUCCGUCUGCCAGUCUGGUCCAGAGCCUCGCAGCCUGUCUGUGCCGUCUUGCGACAACGGCUCUGCUGCUCCUUCAUCAACCACUCAACCCCUGAACGCUGGCACGCCGUCCUGCCAGUCCCCACCUGUCUUUCUCGGCACCAGGCUCUGAUUCGUCCUGCUCCUGUUGAUGACUGCUGUUUUGGGCAACCUCCACCGCAUCUGAGCUGCGCCCAUCCAGCCGCCCACCUGCCCUGCAGAUUCUGCCCCUGUUCGCGGGUGUUGGCUUGUUUCAAACACGCGCUAUGCCCUGCCGUCUUCCAGCCGCAUCCUGCAACAACCUGCACAGGACCGCCGACGACAUGCCAACAUGUUUCCGUCCAUAUUGCGCCAAGUAGGCUGCCCCGAGGAAACACGUCCAACCAUCAUCGGACGGCCGGCCAGCUGCCCAGCUGCCCAGGUACAGACCGUACAGCAGACGGCUUGCCAGCUUGCCAGCGUGCUUGACUCUUGCGCCUAGCCCAACGUCAUCCGGACCACUUCAGGUCAACCCCCUGAGCCUGCGCAUGCUGCAGUGCGCCACCAGCCGCGUCUCCUUCGAGCUUGGUGGCUGCUGUCAGCGGCGCCUCAGACCUCAUUGGGCCACAUCUUGUGGCACCUGGGCGCCGCGCGUGAAUCUCUACGCAGGAUGGAGUACGGAGUAGUUGCCCUUGCCCUUGCCGUACCCGUCCUACCCGGGGAAGACACAAUCUCGCUCACGUGUGCUUGAGCGGCCCAAGUGGCCCUGUCCAGGUGUUUCCUAACCUGGCAGUUCUUGGGUCCCCCCGAACAUCAUAUGUGGACACCCGAUGAUGAUCCACUGCAUUGCUCUAGUGUACGGUGACUUCGCUUGCUCCUCUGGGCUGGCCCCUAACCGGAUUGGCCCAGUCCACUCUGAUCAUCUUCAUAUUAAAAAGGAGUUGAGCCGCCCGUCACGCUCCGUGCCCCGAUCUUUCUCUCCCCAGAGACCCCAAAUAUCAAUAUUUACUUGGAAGUAUACUCUCGUCACUCUUUGCCUUUUCUUACUUCGUUUGCUUCAGGGUCGCACGGUCGUUCCUCGAAGUUGCUUCGCAUUUCCCGCUGUCACUCUCUGAUAUCUUAAUUAUUCAUUCGCUUCCUUAUCGGCUUGUCCUCUUUGAGUCUCACCCGCAGUAAUAUCUCCAAACAAAAUGCAGCCAACAACCUCUUUCGCCGCCUUCCUUGCGGCUACUAUGGCCGUCGUUGACGUCGCCACGGCUUUCCCAACCAUCCCUCCUAGGGUCCCCGUCCCGAUCUCUGGCACCGCCUCGGUCUCUGGCACCGCCUCGCUGAAGCAGGUUCGCAACCUCAAGCACAGGGGUUACGGUCCCAACCAACUCGCAAAGGCCUACCUCAAGUAUGGCGCCGCCGUCCCCCAGGAUCUGUCCGACGCCGUCUCUCGCAUCCGCAACAAGAUCAUGUCCGAGGUUCAGGGUGUUCGUCUGCCCAAGUUUCCCAUCAAGGACAAGAGGGCCACUGGAUCUGCGCCCGCUACCCCUGAGGAGUACGAUGUCGAGUACCUCACACCCGUUCAGAUCGGCACCCCUCCUCAGACGCUCAACCUCGACUUCGACACUGGCUCUUCCGACCUGUGGGUUUACUCUUCCGCCACUCCCCCCAGCGAUGUCAAGGGACAGGAGGUGUACCACCCCGAGGAUUCCAACACCAGCUCCAAGCUCCAGGGCUCGACUUGGGACAUCAGCUAUGGUGACGGCAGUUCUUCCAGCGGUCACGUCUACUACGACAAUGUGACCGUUGGCGGCCUGUCUGUCUACCCAAUGGCCGUUGAGGCCGCCACCGACGUCUCCCCCGAGUUCACGGCCGACUCUGACAUUGACGGUCUGCUCGGUUUGGCUUUCAGCAAGCUCAACACCGUUUCGCCCAGGAAGGAGAAGACCUUCUUUGAGGCUGCCAGGCCCAAGCUCGACAAAUACGUCUUCACUGCUGACCUGAAGGCUGGAGAGCCCGGUACCUACAACUUCGGCUUCAUCGACGAGACUGCUUACACGGGCGAGAUCGAGUACAUUCCCGUUGAUUCUUCCCAAGGCUUCUGGACCUUCAACACGACCGGCUACCAGGUCGGCUCAAACGCCUACACGUCGGCCCCCAUCACCGGAAUUGCCGACACCGGCACCACUCUUAUGCUGCUCCCCAAGGACGUCGUCGAUGCUUACUACGACGCCAUCAAGACUUCCAGCUACGACCGGGUGAACGGUGGUUACGUCUUCCCCUGUGACACCGACCUUCCCGACUUCAGCUUCGGCGUUGGCAAGGCCACCGUCACCGUGCCUGGCAGCUACAUCAACUACGCACCGGUUGACAGCGCCAACAGCAGCUGCUAUGGUGGUAUCCAGGACGACAGCGGCAUUGGCUUCGCCAUCUUCGGCGAUGUCGCCCUCAAGGCCUCGUUUGUCGUCUUCGAUGGCGAGAACGAGCAGCUCGGCUGGGCCAACAAGAAGCUUUGACUCCCUGACGGGAGGCAGGUUACUCACCAGCCCGUCGAGGUGACGACCAUUACGGUCUACGAGACCUACUAGACAAGCUGGCGGGGGCUCGCCUCCUGUAUCGCGUGUGCGUGUAUGUGCUUGCUUCAGCGUCGGCGUUUUGAAACGGCAUUGUACUAUACAAACAAUUUUCGGGGAUUAUCUCGCAUCUUUGACCAGCGGUCAGUUGCCACAGAUAUUAGUCGGGGACCAAGGAAUGGGGAAUCAUCUGAGUAUUGAGGGAGAUGGGGGUGAAGACCUGAUGUCAGAGGUCUCAUGUUUACAAGAUGGAUGUCGCGGUGUACAACGUGGGAGCUCUGAAGAUGCCUCACACUCAAGAAUUGUGUACGACCAGGGAGGACGUUGUUGGUUCGGGCGGAGACACUGGGAGCCCUGUCCCAAAUUUUGCUGUAUAGAUUUUUCUCUUUUCUGGCAUGUAAAUACACCGUUGCCCUUGCAACGGUAUGCCUGUCUAUAAUCACACACCACACUGGCAGCUUGUUGACAAGAAUUGAGCCGUGCAGCUUCCCCCAGCAUAGCAGCAGAAGUCGUGGAAUUCCAUUCUUAUGUCGCCGCAGGAUAGUGGACGACAAAUCUCA